AUGGGCUCGCUUGCAAAUUCGAGAGAGUCGGGUUCGCACGGGGGUAUCAAUCCCCAGGGAGUUGUUUGCCUUUUCCCAGUGAUUGGGCAUACUAGUCAUUCUGAAGUUCGCUUUGACCCGGAGACUCCCAGCGCUCUCCUGCAACUAUCCGGCAAACUACAGAUAGGCGCCCAUGUCCUGUUGUCAGCAAUAUGGGCAACAGUUCUUGGUCGAUACACGGACGCUGACACAACUCGUUUCGAACUUUUUGUCGAGGCGGCAAUCGCCGACAACGGAUAUAUUGGGCGGGAAGUCGCUAUCACUGUCGACUCGACUGCGCCAAUGACAUCGCUCUUACAAAAAGAAAAUUGGGUGCCACUAGCGGACUGCGAUCACGACCGUGCAUCAUACAACACGAAGGUUUUCAUACUGAAGAUGUCGGAUGACGAUGAAUAUACCAUAGCAGCGCAGCUGGCCCAGCGCUCUACACAGGUACGGGCCAUCGGACACGACAAAGUGCCCUCUGACUUCGUUCUCUGUAGUUCCGUGAAGUUAAUGUAG